AUGAACCUCAAGCUCUGCGUCGUCGCCCUCUUCAGUACCGCGAUUGCCGCCUCGCUCCCCUCGACUAAUGCCGCAGUCUGCCCGAGCACCCUGGGUUGUGCGGUCAACUCCUACUCCCCGUCCAACCUUCGGAUCAGCCAGUGCUGCGAGAGCCGUGGUGGGAACUUUGAAGCGUGUUGCUUCUCCAGUUGCAGAACCGGCAGUCCAUGCAACUAA